AGAUGUACGAUAAUAAUCCAACGCUUAGUGGUAUAAAAAAAGAGAUGGACGAAAACCGUCAAGGCGAAGUUUUUUUCGAUGCACUCACGCCUGCUGCCGCUGGCAAUAAGCAAUUUUACAUCGAGAGCUAUGGUUGUCAGAUGAAUUUUAGUGAUAGCGAAAUCGUUGCGUCUAUUUUGGCAAAAAGCCAUUAUAUGCCCACGCGCAACGUCGAAAAUGCCAAUUUAAUCCUUAUUAAUACGUGUUCUAUCCGCGAAAAAGCAGAAGAAACGGUGCGCAAUCGGCUUCGUGCCUUUAGCCAAAUAAAAAAACAACGCCCUGAUACGAUGAUUGGGGUGUUGGGCUGCAUGGCAGAACGCCUAAAAAAACAGUUUUUGGAAGAAGAAAAAUUGGUUGAUUUGGUGGUCGGUCCUGAUGCUUAUCGCGAUUUGCCGAGCCUUGUCGCUACUGUCGAGGAGGGUCAAAAAGGCAUCAAUGUAUUGCUCUCACGCGAAGAAACAUAUUCGGAUAUCAGCCCUGUGCGCUUAGAUGGCAACGGUGUGACGGCUUUUAUUUCGAUUAUGCGCGGUUGUGACAAUAUGUGUUCGUUUUGUGUUGUGCCAUUUACACGCGGGCGCGAGCGCAGCCGUGAUGUGUUUAGCAUCGUUGCCGAAGCCCGACAACUAUUUGAAGAAGGCUAUCGAGAAGUAACGCUUUUGGGUCAAAAUGUGGAUUCUUAUAAAUGGGAAAACCCAGAGACGGGAAAAAUAGCGCAUUUUUCAGAUUUAUUGGAGAUGGUUGCUUUAGUUGACCCUAAUUUGCGGGUGCGCUUUUCGACUUCUCACCCCAAAGAUAUUACAGAUGAAGUGCUUUUGACGAUGGCAAAAUAUGAAAAUAUUUGUAAAUACAUUCAUUUACCCGUUCAAUCGGGCAAUAGCCGUAUUUUGGAGUUGAUGAACCGCACCUACGACCGCGAGUGGUAUAUGCAAAAAAUUAAUCGCAUUUAUGAAAUCAUGCCCGAAUGUGCCAUUUCGUCAGAUAUUAUCACAGGGUUUUGUAGCGAAACAGAAGCGGAGCAUCAAGAUUCACUUUCGAUAAUCCGUUUUGCGCGAUACAGCAUGUCUUAUAUGUUUUGUUAUUCGGAGCGUCCGGGCACCUUGGCAGCACGCAAGUUGGCAGAUGAUGUUCCGCAAGAAAUAAAAAGCCGACGAUUAGAAGAAGUCAUAACGGUACAGCGAGAGAUUUCGCAUCAACACAAUUUGGCGGAUAUAGGCAAAACUUUUAAAGUGUUGAUUGAAGGCGAUUCUAAAAAAUCAAACGCAGCAUUUAAAGGUAGAAAUUCGCAAAAUAAAAUGAUUGUAUUUCCAAAAAUAGAAGGCUUGAAAAAGGGAGAUUACUGCUGGGUAAAGAAGUUUUUUCGCGCAUUAUUCAUUCGCUUUCGGCGCGAAAACACAACCAAUUUAUCGCUAUCAACUGCGGCGCGAUACCCGAAGGAACGAUUAAUUCGGAGCUUUUCGGGCACGAAAAAGGCUCGUUUACGGGUGCGACAGGCGAGCGCAAAGGCUUUUUUGUUGCGUUUGCUCGAAUCGGGCGAAUUUAUACGCGUUGGUGCGUCGAAAGUACAAAAGACCAAUGUGCGUGUUAUUGCAGCCACCAAUGUCGAUUUAUUGGAAAAUGUGCGACGUGGGCGUUUUCGAGAAGAUUUGUAUUAUCGCUUGAAUACGGUGCCGAUUCGCGUGCCAGCCCUAAAGGAUAGACCCGAAGAUAUUAACUUACUUUUUAGAAAAUUUGCACAUGAUUUUGCGGAAAAAUAUCGCACAACACCCAUUCAAUUAGAGCCUGAAGCGCAGCGCGUACUCGAAAACUAUCGUUGGCCCGGUAAUAUACGCGAGCUAAAAAAUCUGGCGGAACAGGUAUCGGUUUUGGCACAGGAUAAAAUGGUGUCUGCACAAGAAUUAACACGCCUUGUGCCUAAUUUAUUGAACCGCAAUUUGCCCAUGGUUUCUGAUUUUAAUGCGAGCAAUGGUACGGCUUCGAUGCAAGAACGCGAGAUUUUAUAUAAAUUAUUGUUUGAUAUGAAAAAUGAUUUAAAUGACCUAAAGUCAUUGGUUUUUGAGCUAAUUCGUAGCAAUAAUUUGAAUGUUUCUGAUGUUCAACAGUUAAAACAACUGCAAGCACCCGGCACGUCGCCGAGUGCUUUU